AUGGGGAAGACUAAGCGUCUGUCUGACGGAGAAACGGCCAACGGAAAAAGACGAAAAGCGGCGGCGGACGGCGGGAAGGUGGCGGGGCCGCCGGGGGACGAGGAGGUGGAGGAAUUCUUCGAAAGAGUGAAGAGGGUACACGUGGCUCUCAAGUAUUUCGAGAAGCGUAACGCCGACGACGGCCGUGAGUCGACGCCGUCAUCUUCGCCGAGACCGCCGUGGAGACCGUUAUUCCAGCCGGAGGAUUUCGCGCCGGAGAAGCCGGAUCGGAGUCCGUUUGCGGGUCUGGAUCUUAACUCGGAUCCAGCAACAGAUGUUUCGGAUUCUGCCUGA